GAUGUUAUCACCGGAGACGAGAUGAUCUCGGACUCUUACGACCUCAAGGUCACUGACGGUGUCAUCUACGAGGCCGACUGCGCCCGUAUCACCGAUGGUGGUGACGAGGGUGCUGAGGAUGCCACCUCCACCGUCAUUGACGUUGUCCACUCUUUCCGCCUCAACGAGACCUCCUUCGACAAGAAGUCCUACCUCGGCCACCUCAAGCAGUACAUGAAGAAGGUCAAGGAGACCAUGAAGACCAACGGCGCCUCCGACGACGAGGUUAAGGAGUUCGAGGCUGGUGCCCAGACCUUCGCCAAGAAGGUUGUCAGCUCCUUCAAGGACUGGGAGUUCUUCACCGGCGAGUCCAUGGACCCCGACGGCAUGAUCGUUCUCCUCAACUACCGCGAAGAUGGCACAACCCCGUACUGUUGCUUCUGGAAGCACGGUAUGUCCGAGAUGAAGGUCUAA